CCCGCGGCGGAGAGUCACGCCGGAGCUGGCCGGGACGGGACACAAGCAGCCGCGACUGGGCCGCUCUACUUGAUCUUGGAUGACAAUUUUUAUUACCAGAGCAUGAGAUACGAGGUGUACCAGCUGGCUCGCAAAUAUUCCUUGAGCUUCUGCCAGCUAUUUUUAGACUGUCCAGUUGAAUGCUGCUUGCAGAGAAAUCGUCUGAGAAGUCAUCCGUUACCUGACCAGACGAUAAAUUUAAUGGCAAGAAAAAUAGAAAUGCCAGAUCUCAAGAAAAAUGCAUGGGAACAGAACAGCCUCAUUCUGAAAAGUUUUGAUUGCACUUUGGAGGAUGAUGAGCAGAUAAUUAGUUUGCUGGCCACUGCUUUGGAAAAUCCAGUGAAGCAACUGGAGGAGAACACUGAGCAAAAGGAAGCAGAUCGAGCAAUCUGUGCGGCUAGUGCUGUCCAUCAGGCUGACCAGGCCUGCAGACGCAUCAUCUCACAGACAAUGAAGGCUGCAAAAGAUAAAAACAUACUUCCAAGUGAGAUGAAGAGCCUGGCGGCAGAACUUAACAAACUCAAAAUAGAAUUUUUGGAAGACUUGCGGCAAGGAAGAAAUUUGAAAAGCCCUAUUUGCCUACAAAAUCAAUAUUCUGACCCUGCUACAAGUGUCAUUUCUUCAUUCCAGCAUGAGGCAACAAAUGUAGUUAAUAAAUACAUUUUAAAAUAGUGAGAGUGUGGUGGUGUCUUUUAGGAGGCCAGAGUGUUUAAAAUUUAGUACUUUUUCAGUACUAAAUUUCAGUACAGUUGAAGAUGUGUGAGAUCUCCAGGUUCCUGCUCUGGAGGCUUGUGCCUUCUCAAACUCCUCUCCCCAUAUGGAAGAGAAAUACCACCUUACAUCCUCUGUUUGACUUUGAAGAUCAAGCCAAUAACAAACCAUCAGAUUUUAUUUAAAUUUCACAGAAUCAUAGAAAAAGUUAGCCUUGGAGGAACACUUAAGUCAUCUAGUCCUGUUUCCUGCUUACAGGGAGACUAACUUCAGGCUGGAUCAGCUUUCUCAGAGCUGCCUCUGGCUGCAGUUUUGGAGAUCACCCCCUGCAUGGUGACCUGCUAUGCUCCGGCAAAUGGGUAGCAAGUACAGAGAGCACAUGCCUGGGAAGGUACAAAACCAAGAAGCAAGAGGGUUCUCUCUUGUUUCUGUGACGCAAACUGCAAAGCACCUGAAGCUGGAGGGUUGUGUGCAGGUACACACGCGGGGAGAAUUAACUCCAGUGUCCAGAGGAACUUGGUGCUACCUCCAAUGUUGCUAAUAGGAAUCUACUUACAAGUCCCAUAUGCAGCAACAACCACCUCUCCAUGAUAAAAACUCAGAUUUCAGACAGAGAACCACUCUUGUUAAGGAGGAAAUAUGAGUAAGAGGCAACAAAGAAUUCAGAUGAUGACCAAAUGGGCAAGAUUAACAGUGGAAAGGAAUAGAAGCAUGUCCUGGGUCAGCACCGAAAUUAAGCAUUUCAAAUUAAGACUCCAAACAUGUUCCUCACACUGUUCCUUGCUUACCCGAAAGGUAAGCUGACAUUCCUUACCAUAUCUAAACCACAGCUAGUUCAUCAGUUCCACCUGUUGAAGCAUAUGCAAUUAAGAAUUAACAUAAGACUUAAUUAGAAAGUGUUAUUUUAUUCCUAUCUUACAAAAGCAAAGCUUCACAACAUGAACUACACUAGAUAUAAUUAUUUCAGAAUUAACCUUGUCAUCUGAAAACAUUCACUACACAAUAAAAUUUAUUUUACAACUCUUAACAGGUUUCAUUUCUGCAUACAAAAUAUGCUCUUUACACUGAAAUACAUAUUAUUAACAAAGCAGGUACUUAGAAGCACAUACACAAAGAUUGCUCAAUGAAAAAUGCUUCAGCAGGGGAUAGAUUUCCUGCAGCAGAACAUCCAUUUGCUGUAGAUUUUCAAAGAAGCUUAAGAUGAAUAGAAAACUUGCCAGUGAAGACUUCUAAAUUACAUUCCCUUCGUCAAAAAGAAACAAAAAGCAAACACCCCCCAAACAUUCUGGAACAAAACAAAUAGCAACAGAUCAUUUUGCUAGGAAACACUGUUGGAACGUCUUCCAACACUGAGUUUUAUGUUAAAAUGCCAAUCAAUGUUUUAUGUCAAAAUCCUCUUUAUCUAAACAUGUAACUGCGAAAAAACCAACUAUUUUUCCCUAUUAGCUGCUUCACAGUUGGCUUAAGUAUUAACUGAGAUAAUCUACUAAGAUACUCAGUCUAAUAUUUGCAUGUUCAUCAGAAUAUUCAUAAGAAUAAGAAGUCUAUGUUGAGAGAACUAUAAAUAGUGCAUGUUAAAAAUGUCAACGAAUCCAUAAAACAAUCCAUUACAAUAAAAACAAAAAAUCCACAGUUAAUUGGGUUUUUUUUCAACUACAGAAUUUAACAGAGUCAAGCUAUGGAAAAAUUUCAGCUCAUUCCCAAACUUCCCUGUUAAGACAAGUUAAAAUGCUAAUCACUGCCUUAUAAUAUACGGAUUUUUUUUAAAAAACAAACAAAAAAC